UGCGUGAGAGAGAUGGCAUCAUCAGGUAGAUAUUAUUGGUACAUGAACGUGGUUCCAUUCUUUGCAAUGGUGGCAGUUGAAUGCUUCAGCGUUGGUUCCAGCGUUCUAUUCAAAGCAGCCACUGAGAAAGGCUUGAGUUACUAUGUUUUCAUUGCUUAUUCAUAUGCCAUCUCCACCUUUAUUCUUCUUCUACCUUUUCCCUUCAUCUUCUUCGCCACCAGGUCAAGUGGAUUGCCCACAUUUAAAGCCUCAUUGGUCGGUAGGAUUUUUCUUCUUGGACUCAUUGGGUUUAUAUUUCAACUUAUUGGAUAUAAAGGACUUGAGUUUAGUUCACCUACUCUCGCUUCUGCUCUUAGUAACCUUAUACCAGCUUUUACUUACGUACUCGCUAUUUUAUUCAGGAUGGAAAAAGCAACAUUGAAAAGCUCGAGCACUCAGGCCAAAAUAAUAGGUUCAAUUGUAUCAAUCAUUGGUGCCCUUGUAGUAACGCUCUACAAGGGCCCUAUUGUGUUAUCUGCUUCUGCUUCUUCAUCAUCACUACUCAGCUCAUCGUCUUCACAAGGGGAUUGGGUUCUUGGGGCCUUCUUACUUGCUGCUUCAUACACUUUACCUCCACUUUGGUUUAUUGUACAGACGCAAGUUAUGGAACAAUAUCCGGUAGAACUUGUUGUGGUGUUUUUAUACAACUUGUGCGGGACUCUUAUAUCUGCGCCAGCAUGCAUACUUGUUGAAUCAAGCUUCAGUGUUUGGAGGCUGAAACUUGACAUAACAUUAUUGGCGGUUAUAUUCUCAGGAUUUUGUGGGUGCCUGGUGAGUGUGGUUCAUACAUGGGCAAUACAUCUUAAAGGCCCUGUUUAUGUAUCAACUUUCAAGCCACUAUCAGUUGUCAUAGCUGCUGCAAUGAGUGUUAUAUUCCUUGGUGAUGCUUUGUAUAUUGGAAGUGUUAUUGGAGCAGGGAUACUAUCAAUUGGAUUUUAUGCUGUUUUAUGGGGAAAAGCAAAAUCAUCAGCAGAAUUGAGUGAAGAGUAUUGCUUGAAUAGAAAGCUUACAUGCAAUAGUACAACUCCUUUAUUGAAUAAUCAACAAGGAAAACAGAGUUUUCCUAUAUAAUUCCAUUAAUAAGAUUGUUCUAUAUACAAUUAAAACAUCAGAAAUGUAAAUACAACACAGUCCUCUAUAUUAUAUUGACUCUGUUAAGAUCAUGUUUAAAAGUAGUUUAUUAAUUAGCUAGAAUAAUACGUUGUUA